AUGUUCACUAACAAGAAGCACUUGACCAGCGCCAUCAUCGGGGCACUGGUCACACUCUCCAUCAUUGCCCUUGUUCUCAGCCUGGUGAACAUUGAAGAUGUCACCCUGCCACCCACUGUCAAGUAUGGGAUGGUGUUUGAUGCAGGCUCGUCCCACACCUCUCUGUUCGUCUACGAGUGGGAUUCGGACAAGGAGAAUGACACCGGUGUGGUCAGCCAGACCUUGUCCUGUGAUGUCCAUGGACGAGGUAUAUCAAGCUAUGCCAAUGAUCCCCCGAAAGCUGGUGAUUCUAUAAGGGAGUGUCUGGAUAAAGCCCUGAAGGCUGUUCCUGCUGAAAAACAGAGGGAUGUCCCAGCUUAUCUUGGAGCAACGGCAGGAAUGAGGCUACUGAGGGAACAGAACAGCUCAGCAGCAGAGCAAGUCCUGGCUGAAGUUGCUAAAACCAUGCAAGAGUACCCAGUGGCUUUCAAAGGGGCUCGAAUCCUUACAGGAGAGGAGGAGGGGGCUUAUGGCUGGAUCACCAUCAACUACCUGCUGGACUCCUUCACUAAGUACUCACCCAAAGCACACACAUGGGUUCGUCCAGAGGCAGCCAACAUUUUUGGGGCGCUGGAUCUUGGAGGAGCAUCCACCCAAAUCAGCUUUGUGCCCGAAGGUUCAGUGGUAAACUGGAAGGAAGGCUCCAAGUUCACACUGUACGGCUAUGACUACAACAUCUACACACACAGCUACCUCUGCUACGGCCAGAAUGAGAUGCUGAAGCGACUGGCAAAGGAAUUGAUUGCGGAGUCGGCCCCCAGCACGCGAGUCCAUCACCCCUGCUACCCAAAAGACUACAAUGAAACUGUGUCGCUGUCUUCCUUCCGCACCAGCCCCUGCACGAACCAGAGCGACCUGCGCCUGGGCCCUGGCGACAGGAACGUCACCCUGGAGGGCAGGGGCGAUGCCAACGGGUGCCUGGCUGCUAUCAAGAAGCUCUUCAACUUCUCCGCGUGUGGCGAGAGCCAGGACUGCACCUUCGAUGGCAUCUACCAGCCGCCGGUCAGAGGACAGUUUGUUGCCUUCUCUGCCUUCUACUAUAACUUCAAGUUCCUCAACCUGACCGAGGGGCAGCUGCUGGCCACUGUCAGGGAGACCAUUGAACAUUUCUGCACGAGAAGCUGGGAAGAUCUCUCUGCUAGCUACCCUGAAGAGAACCCUCAGCGCCUGCCUAAAUACUGCACCAACGCCAACUACAUCCUCACCCUCCUCCUCGAUGCCUACAAGUUCAACGAGACCAGCUGGAACAACAUCAUCUUCCAGAUGAAGGUGGGGAGCACCGACGUGGGCUGGACACUGGGGCACAUGCUCAACCUCACCAACAUGAUCCCAGCGGAGGCUCCGGCGUGGGUGAAGGGGCACGUUCCUUCCCUGUGGGCUGCGGCCAUCACCUUCAUCAUCCUCACCCUUGCCUUGGGGCUCGCUGCCCUGGUCCUGCUCCUGUGCAUGUAGGAGCCCAGCCAGGUUUCAGAGCCUGGUAGGCGUGCAUCAGGGCUGGACAACCAUCAGUGCGGGGUCUCCCCUGCUCCUGCCCACAGGGCUGGCAGCCUGGGGCUGGUUCAGUGAUGCUGAGCACCUCGACAGCACCCAAGAACUGAGGUAUAGUGUCCCAUGGGACUAGCCUCACCAUGCAGAUAAGUGGUGAGCUUUCCAGGGAAGCUCUGCCUAUGCACCACAGAAACCUCGACCAUGUCCAUCUGCCUCCUUACCCCACUAUGCCUGUUACAGAUGUGGCCUCCAUCCCACCAGCUGGCACAUGGGGCCAUGGAGAAACAGCCUGGCUAUGGAAGAGCUCCCUGAGUGCCAGACUGAUAGUGCACGGCUGCAAGCACUUGUGACUGGAUGCUUGGUGCAAUGCUGGGUCUGGUUCAUGCCCCUCACAGCCUUGCAGGUCCCUGUGAGGGGCAUGAAAUGCUCUGCAGUACCACAUUUGGCUCUCCUGAGGGUGUAUCAUGUGGGCUUACCUGAUGGUCUUGGAGACAGAGGCAAAAUUGAGCAUCCAAAGUCAGAAACAUGGUCCAUGCCUCCCCAGAGAGUCUGUCUUGUCUCAUCUCAUCUUCCCUUUCCUCUGGGAUAAAGGGAUCGAUGUUCCUGAAUGUCUUCCUGGAGUAAACACUGUCCCACCAUCAGGCCUGGACACUAUCCCACCAUCUGUGUAGUGGGACAUUCAUAUGUCCCAUCAUCUGAAAACCCUGUCCCACAAUGGGAGUCAGGCUGCUAGUCCUGCCCUGACCCUGCACAUGGGGCUGAGCUGGAUCCUGCUCACAACUGCACCCCUGCCUUUGCUGUGGAUUCUUCUUGGUUUUUGUCUGCCUACAGAUGAUUCAGUGGUUCUGUGCCUCCCAGCAGCAA